CGCAGAAUCGCGGGCGCUUUGCGACACGGCCGAAAAGACGCGCGGCAGCAUGGCGUUGUACGCGGCUGCGGCGGCGGUGCUGGCGGGCGUGGAGAGCCGCCAGGGCUCCAUCAAGGGGCUGGUGUACGCCAGCAGCUUCCAGAACGUGAAGCAGCUGUACGCGCUGGUGUGCGAGACGCAGCGCUACUCCGCGGUGCUGGACGCCGUCAUCGCCAGCGCCGGCCUCCUCCGCGCCGAGAAGAAGCUGCGGCCGCACCUGGCUAAGGUGCUGGUGUAUGAGUUAUUGCUGGGAAAGGGCUUUCGAGGGAGUGGGGGCCGAUGGAAGCCUCUCCUGGGUCGCCACCAGGCGAGGCUCAAGGCCGAGCUGGCCAGGCUCAAGGUUCAUCGGGGUGUGAGCCGCAAUGAGGACCUGUUGGAAGUGGGGUCCAGGCCUGGCACAACCUGCCAGGUGCCUCGAUUUGUACGUGUGAACACACUCAAGACCUGCUCUGAUGAUGCAAUUGAUUAUUUCAAGAGACAAGGUUUUUCUUACCAGGGUCAAGCUUCCAGCCUUGACGACUUAAAGGCCCUCAAGGGGAAGCAUUUUCUUCUAGAUCCCUUGUUACCAGACCUGUUGGUGUUUCCUGCCCAAACAGAUCUACAUGAACAUCCACUGUACCAAGCUGGUCACCUCAUCCUCCAAGACAAGGCCAGCUGUCUCCCAGCCAUGCUGCUAGCCCCUCCGCCAGGUUCCCAUGUCAUUGAUGCGUGUGCUGCCCCAGGCAAUAAGACUAGUCACUUGGCUGCUCUUCUGAAGAACCAAGGGAAGAUCUUUGCCUUCGACCUGGACGCCAAGCGGUUGGCGUCUAUGGCUACCCUGCUGGCCCGGGCUGGAGUCUCUUGCUGUGAGUUAGCUGAGGAGGACUUCCUGGCGGUCUCACCUUCAGAUGAGCGUUAUCGUCAGGUCCAGUACAUCUUGCUGGAUCCUUCUUGCAGUGGUUCUGGUAUGCUGACCAGACAGUUGGAAGAGCCUGGAGCAGGUACACCUAGCAAGGAACGCUUACAUGCCCUGGCAGGGUUCCAGCAGCGAGCUCUAUGCCACGCACUCACUUUCCCCUCCCUCCAGCGCCUUGUCUACUCUACGUGUUCCCUUUGCCAAGAGGAAAAUGAAGAUGUGGUGCGGGAGGCCCUACAGCAGAGCCCAGGCACCUUCAGGCUAGCUCCCGCUCUGCCCUCCUGGCCCCACCGAGGCCUUAGCACUUUCCCAGGUGCCGAACACUGCCUCCGGGCCUCCCCUGAGACCACACUUACUGGAGGCUUCUUUGUUGCUGUCAUUGAGCGGGUGGAGGUGCCAAGUUCAGCCCCACAGGCCGGAGCACUGGCACCAGAACCUACACCCAGCCCAGCCCGAAAGAAAAAGAAGAGACGGCGAACAGCAGCAGCUGGUCCUAGCCUACAGUCUUGCACAUAGCUGUGCUCAAGGCUCCUACUUCUUCCUGGAGUUCUCUCCUUGGCUAGACCACUUGGCCCCUCACACCUGGGGGGCAAUUUGGGUUUGGGGGGCAAUUUGGGUUUUCAGGUAGCUUUUAUUGCUAGAAAGUUAACUGGUAACCCAGUUUCUCCAGCUAGAAAGAGCAGAUUUCCCAGUCCCUGGGUUCAUUCCCUGGGCUGUUUUCUUGCUGAUGAAUGAAGUGCUGCCCACCAAAAUAAAAGGAAGACAUGGUCUAUGAUAGA